AUGAACACCGAUGAGAUUUCUAUUUCAGAUGUAGAUGGUGAUAAUGGCUAUCCCAGACCCUCUCCACAAAUGAUGUAUGCUACAAAGGACUUUCUAUCGCGACUAUACGAAGAGCUAGGGCCUUACCAACCCCGUUCACAACUACGGUUACCUGAGUGGGUUCAGCAGAUGCUUGGUCGUCGCGUUCUUUCUGUGGAAAAAUACAUGGAGGAACGUGAUAUAGGUCAGAGAAGUGACUUCGCAGCAUCCUCUAAAGGGGAAAGACGUACCUCAACGUCACCUAGUGAUUCCUUGCCGCUCAAGGACUUUUACUUCAAAUGGAAAGCCACACUGCCGGCAACGCAGACGACAUGUCUUGCACUGACCGUUCUUCCAUCUGCACGUGGGAAGUGCAGUACCAUGCCAUCCCUGCCCAUCCAUCUUGAGGAGUCUCUUGUCUUCGACUGGUUUUGGAUGAAGCUUUGCCUCAUGCUGGUGGGAUUGCGUCUGCUUCAGGUUCGUAUGGUGAACAGCCGCCUUUUGCGUAUCCUCUUCAGUGCUGUGUACGGAAGCUUCAUUCUGAUCAUUCUUUGUUUUAUAUAUUUCCUCAGAGAGUUUCAGGCGCUGAGUGUGGGGAGAAUCGGCGUGGUUGUGAUUCUUGGAAUGGGCGGGGUUGCGGCGCUUGCGGAGGUCCUACUAAGCGCGUUGGGCUACGUGUUGACCAACCCCAACGUGUUGGGCGUGGGCAUACAUUCCUUUCUUCCUCUCGCCUUUCAGGAGCUGUUAGCGGGGUUGCCAGGGGGCGUGGCCUGGGGAAUCGCAGCCUUGUUCGCCGGCACGCUGUCGUCGUUGUUGAUGCACCUCUUUUUUUCUGACCGCCUUCUCUACGCCGGAACACAGUGGGGAAUGCAUGGUCUAGUGAUACUUAACUUCCUCCUACUUGUUGCGCAGAAUAGAGAGGCUACCUUUUUAGUCCUAUCGUUGUGGUAUGGAGGGCCUUACAUAUACACCCUUUGGCACUAUCUGACGAAUGCCUUAGAAAAUUUAAGAGAGUCCAGGCUUAACGCCCCAGAGGAUUAUUUACCGCCAUUUGUACAUCGCGAGGUAACCUUUGCGAGGCCUAUGACAAUAGAAAGUGGUCGCUAUAUCUCAUGGCGGGAGGCCAUUCAAAGAAGAAAUAUCAUUAGAGCACAGCAGGUUGCUGAUUUAAGCUAUAAUGUCCAAGGAAAUAAUAGGGUUCGUUUAGCGGACUAUGAUGAAAAGACAUCGCUAUAUGAAAAAGAAGGAGCUGCGCAUACGCGGCGAGCCCUCGAAGAAUUGGCCAUGCAGAUUCGUGCAUCCCCCGGAAAAUAUACGCAACGGCUUCUCGACCCGAACACAGUCCAUCGGUGGGCUGGUGUGAGGACAAGUGAUAGUGAGAACGAUAAAGACACUUAUGGUAAUCAGUAA